GUUGGAGGUGAGAACAGCUCCUUGAUCUGAUUUUGUACAGCGGCCUCGUUCUCACACACCCUGUGUCUUCAUCUUCCCUCAUUUAGCCUACAAUGUCCUGGGAGAUUUCACUCUGGCUCUGCUUCCCAUUGGUAUCGUAAUGAAAACCUCUCUGAGCCUGAAGAAGCGACUGGCAACGAUCGCUCUGUUAGGGCUUGGUGUUGUGUAAGUCGCACUUUUCUUCUAUAUCAUCCUGCGAUUCUGCACUUGUGAUCUCUUCUUUUCCCUUGGAUUGGCUCAGGAUCUCGGAUUCAUUGAAUUCUGACAUUUGUGGUUCUUCCAGAGCAGGAGCGUGCGGCAUCGUCAAAGUGACUCUCUUAGUCACGUUAAGCGCCCGUGCCGACUUUACCUGGAGCACCUACCCUCUCUACGUCUGGACUAGUCUUGAAUUCUGGAUGAUCAUCGUCUGUGGCUCCAUCCCCCCCAUCCGUCCCCUGUUUGGCCGGCUGUUCGGCUCGCGCAAACGGACUCCACCGAGUUCGAACGUUUUCGCCGGCGGCGACUACUCCGAGUUCAGUUCAGAGCCCAGUAAUCGAUCGCACAGACUCAAGCGGUAUAUCUACAAUAUGUCCGGUGGCCUAAACACUGGGCUGUCCGACUCUGCGUCGGAUACUCAGAUCUUGCAGUCACGCGUGGAGGUCGAGGCCAAGGGGUGUAUGGGCAAGGGCCAUGGUCAUGGCCAUCAAGAACAGGAGUUUGGAGACAGUACGAGGAUUGUUCGCAUGACUGAUAUUGUCAUUGAGACAACGAGUUCGAGGCCUUAGGAAGUGUUUGGAGGAAGGUGGAAGGGGGAGGAAGG